AUUGCUGAAAGUUCAGAGCCUUUUUGCUGUUUCUCUGUUACCUUGGCUCUGUUUGGGCGAACGAAAAUAACAACCAAGAAUGCCUGCAAGGAAACGCCAGAUAAGCAAAAGAAAGGCAGAGGAGCCGACGAAAGAAGCAGUCAACAAGAAGAAAGAGAAGCGAGGUCAGCAUUUCUUACUAAACGUGCACCUAUUACUUGUGUUGCCAGGAUCAACCUUUGUCUGUUCCUGGUUUCGUUAAUUUGAUGCUUCUUUGACCUGUAGAGCUAACUACAUAUCAUCUGUUGGAAUUUAAAUAACUGAAUUCAAAUUGCUUCGCAUUUUUAAAGCUUACACAGCAUAAAGAUUUCGGAUCAUGUUCACUGUAGGUACUCGUGACCGAUAUAGCGGUCGAUAUAUCGGUCGAGAGUUGGUCGAUACUCGACCGAUAUGUCGGUCGACAGUCGGUUGACAGUCGGUCGACAGUCGGUUGACAGUUGGUCGACAGUUGGCCGAUAGUCGGUCGAUAGUCGGUCGAUAGUCGGUCGAUAGUCGGUCGAUAGUCGGUCGAUAGUUAGUCAAUAUAGCGACCAACUAUUGGCCGAGUGUCAGUCAAUAUACCAACUGUGGGUGGUAUAUCAGUCGGUUGUCGGUCGAAUAUCAGUGUUGAGUAUCAAUCAAGUGUAUUAAUUCAUAAUAGUAAUUGUACUGAGUGGAGUGCAAUUUGGGCUGAAAUUAUACAUGUGAUUUCAAAUUCAAAUUAGCACACAGCACAAGUUCAAUUUGAAAUCACAAGUAUGAUUUCAGACCAAAAUUGCACGACACAAGGUUCAAUUACCAGUUUAUUACAUCCAUUUUGAAAUUACCUAAGUACAGGACUUGGCCAGUUCAAAUGUUUUAUUGAUGCAGUACUGAGCCAGUCUGAAAUUAAAUUCAUGUCCAUUUUUUUGGGGGAAAAGUAAGAGUUAAGAAACAAAAGUUGCAAAAUUUGCCACAUGAUACUCUUUGUUUUUCAUUUUCCUGCAAUUUGAUCAGUUACGUUAAACAAGCCUUAAAAUCUGAUUGGUUAUUUUGUUUUUAGUGUAGCCUUGUCCUCAUUGGCUGGGAAAAAGAUGCGAUCAAAAGCAAAAAAUGCUGCAUUUCUUUAACAAAUCGCAUCAGUUAGGGCCAAUCAGAUUACGGGGACCACCAGUGAUUUCAAAAUGGGUGUAAUAAAGCAGUCCAAUGGCUUCCUUUUUAAGCAAUGAUGUCAUCAACUAAUGCUAUCAUGUGAUGGGGGAAAAUGUUUUGGUGUGUGGCUAGACAAGCAGUCUCUCUUUUGCUCAAAAAUCCAUAGGGAAGAAUGCAAAACAAGUUAGUGUGUGUGUGUUAGUCAAGUAGUGUUACUCAAGUAGUCUGUGGACUGUGUGUUGACCAUCAACCGAGAGUCUAUCAACUAUCAACCAAUACUCGGUGAAUUGUCAGCAAGGUAUUGGUGAAGUAUCCGCAAAGUAUCAGUGAACUAAAAGCUAUAUCGACCAACUGUUGACUGAGUAUUGAUCAACAGGCAACCAAUGUAUUGCUCGAGAGUACCAACAGUAAACAAGAUCCAAAAUGUCAUGUGUGGCAAAAAUGUAUAUUUUUUUUAAGUAUGAGAAACAGCACUGUAUACUGAAUCCUACAAUAGAGCCUUGGUUUUCUUUAAACCAUCUUAUAUAGAGAGCAUAAGAUUUUUUUCUGUUUUUGAUCACAGAUAUUAAAGUUAUUAUUAUUUGAGCAAUAACUCUGUUUUAUUACAGAGGCUGCAAGAGUUGACCUUAGAGAAACUGGGCAUGUUUUGACACUUGGGCAGGGUGAUGUGGGGCAGUUGGGUUUAGGUGAAGAAAUCUUGGAAAGAAAGAAACCAGCCAUUGUGAAAGGACUUGAUGGUCUGGAAAUUGUGCAAGUGGAAUGUGGAGGAAUGCACACUGUAGCUCUCACAAGCAGUGGAAAGGUGAUAUCAUGUUUCAUGAUUUAUCAACAGUGCUAUCCUGACCUUUUCAAGCCCCUCUCUAAUGUCUAAUUUCUCCUUGCAUUAUCACUGCUGAAUUAAACAUUAGGGUAAUGAGAAUUGAAGAAAUGAUUACUUGUCAUUACUGAAGGAAAUGUAUAGGGAACAGUACAGAGAAUAUGCAAAGUGAUGCAAGGGUGUUAUGGGUUUAGAUGGCAUUUGGUGAAUUGAUUUCUGGGCAUUUAGGAGUAACCACUUUGGGAGUUAAACAAUUAAUAAUGGUAAUAGCACUGAGUGGAGUCCAAUUUGGUCUGUUAUCAUACCAGUGAUUAACAAAAUUGGAUGGCCGCAAAGCAGGAGUCCAAUUUGUCAAUCAUGAGUAUGCUUGCAGACAGAAUUGGAUGACAUGAAGUCCUGUUACCGUGUAUAAGUCAACCCCCAUUUUCAAGGUCAAAAAUCAGAUUUUUCAUAAUUUCUAGUCAAAAAGGUAAAAUUCAGACAUAGGAAUUUCCCAAAAAGAUAAUCUCUUAUUUCUGAGAAUGUAUUGAAAACACAGGGAAUUCAAAAGCUUGCAGAACAAACUUUAACCGUGUGCUGUGAAGUUUUUUAGCACUUGUUUAUAUCACCACAAUUUAAACAUACAUCAGCACUUUGAUUUAUUGGAGAAGUAUCUUACCAUAUUUUGUAAUUCACAUUGAAAAUGAAAUCUUCUUGCAUUUAACUAACCUCUAUCUUAAUGUUGAGUUUGAAAGGAGAUUAAGUAGAAUUACAGAACACUGAAGAGCUUUGAGGGAUCACGUGUAACAAGCAGGACUGCUUGAGACAACAGCAUUUGCCAGAAAUCUUACAGAUUUGUUACAGAUUUGCCAGAAAUUUAUAGCUCGGCACCAUAGACAGCAGCAAAGCUGCAAGAAAAAAUGUAUGCCCUACAGUCCAAGGACACAGUAGAAAUCAGCUCCAGUAACUUUGUGUUCAGCCACUUAAAAUUUAUUAUUUAAAACUUUUUUGUUGAUGAAGAAUGCACUGAAAAGGGACAAAACUCAAACACAGUUAGAACUGGUUUUAUAAGCUUGGUUUUUCUAACCAACCUCAGGAAAUUGUUAUGCUAAUUUCUUGGAUUGCUUGGGUCAGGUCUUUGUGUAUGACUCGUGUAUAAGUUGAGGGUGAUUUUUUGGGCUGACUUUGUGGUCAUUAAAGAUCAACUUAUACACAAGUAAAUAUGGUAAUCAUAACCAUUACAAUUUCUGAAAAAAAUAUAUAUUUAUGACAAACAUCUCCAGUAGGAAAAAUGUUUAAAGCAAAAAAAUUGGGAAAUCUCCCAUUUUUUUUUUUUUUUUUUUUUUUUUAAGGGGAAGUGGUUGUUGCUAUGGUUAUUGUGAUCAAUUCUGUGAUUGGUGGAUUGAGCUGAGUGGACCUAGUAUGAUUGGCUGCUUCAACUGUGCAAUUACAGGUGUCUGAUUACAGGCAACUGUCCAAUUACAACUGUACAAAGUGAUUAGUGAAAUAUAAAGCAGCUGAUGCACCAAUCACAUGUGAGGAAAUUGUAAUGGUAUAGCUUCCUACUACACUUCUUAAUAACAACUCUGUACUCAUCAACAAAGAAAUGGAUUAUGUUGGGAGAAUAAUUGUACAGAUCUUGAGGGUGAAAGUUGAAAAGUUAAAAUGAUUUCUGUUUUCUUACACAGGUUUAUACCUGGGGUUGUAAUGAUGAGGGCGCAUUAGGCCAUGUUACUUCAAGUGAGAAUGGUGAAGAGUUUACUGCUGGUCUAGUGAAAGAUAUAGAAAGUGUAAAUGUUGUCAUGGUGUCAGCAGGUGACAGUCAUACAAUGGCAUUGUCCGACGAAGGAAUAGUAUAUGGUUGGGGGACAUACAGGGUAAUUAUCAGAAAUAAAUUUAUUUAAAUAUGAAUGGACCUUGAUGCCCCAUGAAGAAGAGUGAUUGAAUUGAAUCAAACAAAACUUGUAAGUUGUUAUUUUUUACUAAAUGUCACAGUGUUACAUAUUCUGUUGGAGGACUUUUAUGAACCCAGUACUUGUAGGCAGCAAAGUUAUUUGUUCAUUGUUAAGCUGUUUUGUUUUUGUUGUGGGCAGUUUUAAACAUGCAGGUGAUCAUCAUCUUGAAGUUGAUAAAAUAGAUAAACAACUGUUUCAUAUUUUUAAAGUUUGUUGCUUCAAGUACAAGUCUUUCAUUAACUGAAGUUUCAGGUCUACAUUUAACUGACAUGGUCACCAAUUUCCAAGCUGUUACAGGAGAAAGUCAGAGGCAUUGGCUUUCCAACUUGUAUGGUCUGUCUCUUUCCCUAGAUGUUCCCAUAUUGUGUCUUGAAAAACUAAUUCCUGUUUAAAAGGCUUUGUAUGAGUCACUUUGAAAGUGGAAUCAACAAAUCCUACUUGAUGGUACUUGGGGCAUUUUUCUCUGUCCCUCAAUUCUAUCUUUGUUGUUUUAAGUUAUAACAUCAUGGUAAUUGCCAUAAUGAUUUGAAUUCAUGUGUAGGAUGCAAGUGGACAAGUUGGUCUGCAGGCAGAUGGUAUCAAACACAAGCCUACAGUUAUCCUAUCCCUCAAGAGCAACCCCAUUAUCAAAGUAGCAUCUGGGAAUGACCAUACAGUUGCAUUGACAAAGGAAGGAAAUAUUUUCACUUGGGGCUGUGCAGAACAAGGCCAAUUGGGAAGAAUAAUGGGAUGCUUUACUAGCCGUGGGGGGCGUAGGGGUUUGCAGUACAUCUUAAACCCAAAACAAGUUCGUGACAAGAAAAAACUGAAAUUUAAAGACAUUUUCUGUGGUAGCUACUCCACAUUUGCUGUUUCUCAAGAUGGUGGGGUAUAUGCAUGGGGACUAAACAACUAUGGGCAGCUAGGAACUGGAGAUCUUGAAACUCUUUAUGCUCCAACAAAGGUGGAAGCACUUACAUCCUUAAACUCAGACAAUGACAAGUGUGUCAGUAUAGCCAGCGGUCAGCACCACACAAUUGUUCUGGACUCAAGCGGCAAAGUGUAUGCAAUGGGAAGAGCAGAAUAUGGAAGACUUGGUUUGGGUGAAGAUGCUAAGGAAACCACCUCCCCAGUUUUAGUUGCUGCAUUAGAAUGGAACCCUAUUUGCAAGAUUGCUUGUGGUGAAGCUGUCAGCUUGGCUGUCUCAAGCAAGGGAGAUUUAUAUUCAUGGGGUUUUGGAAGUUGCCUUCAGCUGGGUAAAGGAGAGGACGAGGAUGAAUAUUCGCCAGUGAAAGUGGAAGGGAAGAACUUGCAGUCUGAACAUCAUGAGGUGUUGGGGGUUUCUGCUGGAGGACAGCAUACAGCUUUACUAGUUAAAGACAGGAAACAAUGAAAUGACGCUAAUUCUCUGUAAAAAACAUGAAUCUGUGUGGCAGAUUUGAGGAAUGUGGCACUGAAGUGGCACAAAAAUUUAAUCACCAUUAUUUUCUUUGCAAAACAUCUUUUUACUUUGCUUUUUCUUUUUUAGGACAAAUGAAGUAAC